AUGUCUUCCUCCUUCAAGAACCUUUUGACUCUGGCCUCUGUGGCGGGCCUCCUGUCCUCCACCGAGGCCGUUGAGGCCCCCAAAGGAGCUGAGGUGCUCACCGUCGGUAUCGUUGGAGACUACGGCUGGACAGGCUGGACGCCUCUCCCUGUCUCCUUCUGUAACGAUGUGCUGCCGCAGUUGCAGAAGGCCAAUGUGACCAUCCCUCGUGAGGUCCAGAACGACUGUGACCCCGGCGACCGCACGUACAUCACCAAUGCGACGGCCCUUCAAGAGAAUACGGCCAGCUACAUUGGGGAGGUUUGCGCCCAGAAGAAUUGCUCCGCUUUUGUAGGACCCUCUCCUCUUCCGAUUUCUGUUGGCGACAACUUCUACGACAGCGGCGUCGACUUCACCACCGGCGGCAUCCUGCGCUUCCAGGAAGCGUGGGUGAACAUGUACAGCCAGGGCGUGUUCGAGAACGCUCCCUGGUACCAAUGCCUGGGCAACCACGAUGUCGUCAAGGGACAGAGCGGCGUGGACUUCGAGACCAAGAUUGCGCCGCUGAUCGACGACCGCUGGUACUUUGGCACGGAGAAGCUGCCGUACUACACGUACGACCUGACCGGCAAGGACUGGACGGCCACCUUCGUCGUCGUGGACUCGGACUGCUUCAUUGAGGCGUACCAGGAGAGCACGUCGGUCUACCAGAACGAGUACACGGCGGCCUGCCACAAGACCACCCAGGUGCAGGUCGACUUCCUGCAGCAGACCUUCAGCCAGUCCAAGGCCGACUGGAAGUUCCUGCAGCUGCACCACCCGUACCUGUCCUCGUCGGGCAACUACAGCGAGCUGUGGCCGCUGAUCUCCAUCGUCGAGCAGCACAAGGGCAUCGUCCUGAACGGACACGACCACUGCCUGGCGCACUACUAUGGCAACAACACGCACUUUGUGCUCUCGGGCGCGGCUGGCUACCCGCAGGCCGGCGACUGCAACAACGGCGUCCCGCUGGGACCGUAUGCCCAGUACUUGGCGGCGAAUGCCCAGGCGGCGGCCAACGGCUUUGUCACGCUGGACAUCAGCAAGCAGAGCCUGAACUUUGAGUACUACGUCCGGGACAUGAGCUUUGAGGGCGGCGACCUGUACCCGGUGCAGAACGACCUGAAGCCGUCGUACUCGUUCCAGAUCACGCAGCACUCUAUCUAG